UUCCUUCUUUAUUUUAUGAAACUACUUAGAACCUCACUUGAACUCUCUUAGAAACAAACUCCCACCUACACCAACACAAUACACCUCCCUCUCUUUAUAUAUAUACACAUAACCUUCACACUUGAUCAACUUGAAGAGAAAACAAUUACUAUAAAUAAUAAAAACCAAAACAAUUACACACAACUAUGAUGGGAAGACAGCAAUGCAAGAAGCACCCUAAACACCGCCAAUCCCCUGGCGUGUGCUCCCUUUGUCUCUCCGACAAGCUAUCCAAGGUCUCUAACUCCGGUACCGCCUCACGGUCCGCUAUCAUUCGAGCUCGAGCUCGUGUUUACUAUCAAUCCUCAUCAUCCUCCUCUCUUUCAUCUAGCUAUGAUUCUUCUAAUGCUUCUUCUACUGGUGCCUCCCCCGUACACCACGUUUUAAGUGGUGCUCGUCAUCGGAGGAUCGUGUCCGAUGUACGAGCUAAUGUUGUUGUAGGCAAGGAUGGAUAUAAUAUUAACAGUAAAGGUGAUUCGGUUUUUAGUAAGAGUAAAUCUAUGGCUCAUGUUGAAAAAUAUGAUGAUAAAAAGAAGAAUAUGAAGAAGAAUAAUGUAAGGAGAUUAUGGGCUAAUUUGCUUCGGUUAGGAAGAAAUGAAGAAAAGCGUGAUAAUGUUGCACAAGUUAAUGAUCGUAAGAUUUUUCAGCCGCAUCAACUUCAAAGUUCUAGCAGCAUGGUUGUUUAUUAAUUGAUUGAUGAUUGAUUUAAGUUAGAUUAGAUUUAUUGAUCGUGUUAUUUGGACAUGAUUAGUGAUUUUAAUUUUAAUUUAUUUUUUUUUUACUUUUUUGUGUAUAAAAGAAAAAGGGUAAAUGGAGGGGAGAAAAAAAAUACAUACAGCAAUCCAAAUUACAAAAGAAUUGAAGAAAUUUAUCAUGAUUUGAUGAAUAUGUACAUUUAUUAUGUGAUACAAGUUUUACAAAAGAUAGUGAUGAAAUGAAAUUUUGUGGAUAAUUUGUGUUUA